AUGAAUAAUAUGAAUUUAACUAUAAAUGCUGGAGAAAUAAUUUCUAAAUUUCGUAAGCUUAUAGUAAAAAUAAAAUCAUUACUACAAUGCAAAGAAAAGUUUGCACAUCAUGCUGAAGCUGCCAAUCUUAAAGAGCAUAACCUUAUCUUAGAUGUUAGAAUACAAUAG